AUGGAGAAGAUAUCUUCACAACAAGGGCUGGAAUACUGGAACAAUAGGAGGAUAUCUUCCCAACCAGAGCUGGAAUACUGGAACAAGGAGAGGAUAUCUUCCCAACCAGAGCUGGAAUACUGGAACAAGGAGAGGAUAUCUUCACAACUAGGGCUGGAAAACUGGAACAAUAGGAGGAUAUCUUCCCAACCAGAGCUGGAAAACUGGAACAAGAAGAGGAUAUCUUCCCAACCAGAGCUGGAAUACUGGAACAAGAAGAGGAUAUCUUCCCAACCAGAGCUGGAAUACUGGAACAAGAAGAGGAUAUCUUCACAACCAGAGCUGGAAUACUGGAACAACAGGAGGAUAUCUUCCCAACCAGAGCUGGAAUACUGGAACAAGAAGAGGAUAUCUUCCCAACCAGAGCUGGAAUACUGGAACAAGGAGAGGAUAUCUUCACAACUAGGGCUGGAAAACUGGAACAGGAGAAUAUCUUCACUACAAGAGCUGGAAAACUGGAACAAGGAGAGGAUAUCUUUACAACAAGGGCUGGAAAACAGGAACAAGACGAGGAUAUCUACACACCAAGGGCUAAAAUACUGGAACAAGGAGAGGAUAUCUUCCCAACCAGAGCUGGAAUACUGGAACAAGAAGAGGAUAUCUUCCCAACCAGAGCUGGAAUACUGGAACAAGAAGAGGAUAUCUUCCCAACCAGAGCUGGAAUACUGGAACAAGGAGGGAAUCUCUGCACACCAUGUGCUAGACUACUAG